AUGUCAAUUGUGGAUAUUGUCAAAGAAAAUUGCUUAUAUCGCAGUCAGCAGAAAGUUGAUAAUUAUACUAAAUCGUUGCUAGAAUUUGGAGCAUCCAGUAGUGAUGUUAAAAAAGUUACUGAUUGUUUGAAGCAGAAAAAUGAAGAGCUGGCUAGUUUACUACAUGAAGUUGAAUUGAUCGAGAAUACGUUAAAAAGCUGUGAAAUAAAGGAUUUGAAAGAGCAUUCAGUAUUCUUUGAGGACUUAGAAAAAUUCGUUAAAAAAAUGAAGACAGAAGAAAAUAGGCAGCAGGAAUCUGGCAGCAAUACUAAACCGAACCCAAUUAAUACUGGUGCUGUCCAACCGCGACAAAAAAGACAUAGUUUAUUAGUCUCUCAGCUAAAGGAUUGUUUGCGACGUGUCGAAGCUAGUGAUUUUCUUUCUAUUCCAUCAGCGAACCGAGGUCGAAUAGGUCGUAUAGAAUUGAAUCUGUUACUGAAGAAAGUGUACGAUAUUUUUUCGGAAAAAUAUGUCCAUAAAAAGCGUUCUUUUGCUCCAAAGAAUGAAAAAAAACAGGAAUAUGAAAGUCUGAAGGGACGUUGGUAUCUUCCACUAACUGAUCUUCUUGCUAAAUUUUCACCUAAAGAAAAAGUGUGUUGGAAGCUCGCUUUGCCUUCUUUGAUAUACCUUAAGCGAUUAGAAGAAAUAAAAGAACAUGAUAAUAUUUUCAUCGCUGCUGUUUUAUCCUGA